CCCGCGAAGCUCCCAGGUGUUGAUCCUCCUCAUCCCAGCUUUUACACUGGCUGGAGGGAAGCCCGUCUGGGGCGAAGGCUCUGGGGUGGGAUGUCUGCCCCGUGGGGGCUGUAUCUACCCCAGCCGGGUUGCACAGGGCCCCCCUGAGCAUCCCCAGCUGCCGGCUCCUGGGGGUGCAGGGGGACCAGCACUGCUGUCCCUGGGCAUUGCCCUUGAAGAGCGGGGCAGCGGAGCUACGCCACGCCAGAUCACUGCCCCCCCCCUUCAGAUCUUCGUGUCCCUCAGCACAAGCGGUAAAAAUAAACCUCGGCCGGCCACCUUCGCAAGCCGCCGGGGCCUGGCUGGCGCCCAAGCUGCAUCCGCAAAACGCAGGUGCGGCGGGCCCCGACCUUGGGGAGGUGCGUCGGGGUGGCGGGAGAGCUCAUGAAUGAACGGCGGGGCGGGUGUGUGCAUGGGUGCGUGCGGGUGCGUGCGGGUGCGCGCACCCCCUCGUGCCUGCGGGUGUGGAUGUGGAUGUGGAGCAGGGAGCCAGCCUUGUUGUUAUUCUGAUCACAGCAGCUCUGAUUCACAGACUUGGAUCAUGAAUAUAAGUGAAGACUUUGACGUCAGAGUUGAGAUUUAUCAGCAGAUCCAAUGGGGCAGGAAUAUUAAGUGCAAGUCGAUGCCAGCUAUCUGCCAACGUUAUUAGCAAUGCUCACCGAGGAAUGAGGCUUAACACCAAGGACUGGAAGGACUGGGAAGGAAAAAAAUAAAAACGGGGGGAAGCAAGCUGAUCCUCGAGCAUUAAAGCCAGCGAUGCUGCACGGCCCCGCCGCCAUGGGGGAACCGUGGCAGCCGCAGCCGCAGCAGCAGCAGCGGCUCCCGGGGCUCGGCAACGCCUCGGAGCCCAGCGCCUGGCCGUCGGCGGCGGGCGGGCCGGGGACGGCGGCGCCGGGAGGCGGCGGGGCCGGGGCCGUGGGGGCCGUGGGGGCCGUCAGCCCCUGGGACAUCGCGCUGUGCGCCACGGGGACGGCGGUGGCGGGGGAAAACGCGCUGGUGCUGGCCGUGCUCUUCUACACGCCGAGCCUGCGGGCCCCCAUGUUCCUGCUGAUCGGCAGCCUGGCCCUGGCCGACCUGCUGGCCGGGCUGGGGCUGGUGGCCAACUUCGCCGUGCGGUACCUGCUGCGGCCGCCCAGCGAGGCGGCGGAGCUGGGGGCGGCGGGGCUGCUGCUGGCCGCCUUCUCCGCCUCCGUCUGCAGCCUGCUGGCCAUCACCGUGGACCGCUACCUGUCGCUGUACAACGCGCUCACCUACCACAGCGAGCGCACGCUGGGCUUCACCUGCGCCAUGGUGCUGCUGAUGUGGCUGCUGUGCCUCGGCGUGGGGCUGCUGCCCCUCCUGGGCUGGAACUGCCUGCGGGACCAGAGCGCCUGCAGCAUCCUGCGGCCCGUCACCAAGGACAACGCGGCGGUGCUGGCCGUCACCUUCCUGCUCCUCUUCGCCCUCAUGAUGCAGCUCUACCUGCAGAUCUGCAAGAUCGCCUUCCGGCACGCCCAGCAGAUCGCCGUGCAGCACCAGUUCAUCGCCACGGCGCAGGCCACCUCCACCCGCAAAGGGCUCUCCACCCUCUCGCUCAUCCUCGGCACCUUCGCCCUGUGCUGGAUCCCCUUCGCCAUCUACUCCCUGGUGGCCGAUUCCAGCUACCCCGUGGUCUACACCUACUCCCUGGCGCUGCCCGCCACCUGCAACUCCCUCAUCAACCCCAUCAUUUACGCCUUCAGAAACCCAGACAUCCAGAAGUCGCUCUGGCUGGCCUGCUGCGGGUGCAUCCCUUCCACGUUCUCCUCCAGACCAAGGACAUCCAGCGAUGUGUGAGGACUGAGCACGGAGUAAGACGCGCUCCCUUGCUCUCCUCCUCCUCCUCCUUUUCCCCUCUGUCGUUAUUGUUUCCUACCGGGAGGAACCCACCCGGCCAGCACAUCUCGUUCCAUGGAAAGAUGACCAAAAAGAAAAAAGAAAAAGGGAAAAAGAAGGGGGAA